UCCGGCCGCGGAGCUGGAAACCGGGCUCCGCGCGUCCGGGGCGGCUGGCGGCGCGGGCAGGCGGGCGGGGAGGACAGGCUGGGGGCGGCGACCGUGAGGGGCCGCGCGCGGAGGGCGCCUGGUGCAGCAUGGGCGGCCCGUGGGCUUGGGCGCUGCUCUGCCUCGGGCUCCUGCUCCCGGGAGGCGGCGCUGCGUGGAGCAUCGGGGCAGCUCCGUUCUCUGGACGCAGGAACUGGUGCUCCUAUGUGGUGACCCGCACCAUCUCAUGCCAUGUGCAGAAUGGCACCUACCUUCAGCGAGUGCUGCAGAACUGCCCCUGGCCCAUGAGCUGUCCGGGGAGCAGCUACAGAACUGUGGUGAGACCCACAUACAAGGUGAUGUACAAGAUAGUGACCGCCCGUGAGUGGAGGUGCUGCCCUGGGCACUCGGGAGCGAGCUGCGAGGAAGUUACAGGUUCCUCUGGCUCCUUGGAGCCCAAAUGGUCGGGCAGUACCAUGCGGCGGAUGGCACUUCGGCCCACAGCCUUCUCAGGUUGUCUCAACUGCAGCAAAGUGUCAGAACUGACAGAGCGGCUGAAGGUGCUGGAGGCCAAGGUGGCCAUGCUGACUGUCACAGAGCGGCCAGUACCUCCAACACCAGCUACCCCUGAGGACCCUGCCCCGCUCUGGGGCCCCCCUCCUGCCCAGGGCAGCCCCGGAGACGGAGGCCUCCAGAGGCUGCCAGGAGCCAUAGAGAGUGUGAGGGUCCCGCUGCUUCCCCGAAAUGACCAGGUCGGUGCUCGGGGGCUGCCUGGGCCCACCGGCCCCAAGGGAGAUGCUGGCAGCCGGGGCCCAAUGGGGAUGAGAGGCCCACCAGGUCCACAGGGCCCCCCAGGGAGCCCUGGCCAGGCUGGAGCUGUGGGCACCCCUGGAGAGAGGGGACCUCCUGGGCCACCAGGGCCUCCUGGGCCCCCUGGGCCCCCAGCCCCUGUUGGGCCACCCCAUGCCCGGAUCUCCCAGCAUGGAGACCCAUUGCUAUCCAACACCUUCACUGAGACCAACAACCACUGGCCCCAGGGACCCACUGGGCCUCCAGGCCCUCCAGGGCCCAUGGGUCCCCCUGGGCCUCCUGGCCCCACAGGUGUCCCUGGGAGUCCUGGACACAUAGGACCCCCAGGCCCCACUGGACCCAAAGGAAUCUCUGGCCACCCAGGAGAGAAGGGCGAAAGAGGAUUGCGUGGGGAGCCUGGCCCCCAAGGCUCUGCUGGGCAGCGGGGGGAACCUGGCCCUAAGGGAGACCCUGGUGAGAAGAGCCACUGGGCUCCUAGCUUACAGAGCUUCCUGCAGCAGCAGGCUCAGCUGGAGCUCCUGGCCAGACGGGUCACCCUCCUGGAAGCCAUCAUCUGGCCAGAACCAGAGCUGGGGUCUGGGGCAGGCCCUGCCGGCACAGGCACCCCCAGCGUCCUUCGGGGCAAGAGGGGCGGACAUGCAGCCAACUACCGGAUCGUGGCCCCCAGGAGCCGGGACGAGAGAGGCUGAGGGCGGUGGUGGCCCCUGAGGCAGACCAGGCCAGGCUUCCCCUCCUACCUGGACUCGGCCAGCUGCCUCCAGGGACCGCCCAUCCAUAUUUAUUAAUGUCCUCAGGGUCCCUUCUGCCAUCUAGGCCUUAGGGGUAAGCAGGUCUCAGUCCUGGCACCAUGCACAUGUCUGAGGCUGAGCAAGGGCUGAGAGGAGAGGCUUGGGCCUCAGUUUCCCUCUGUGAAGUGGGGGGAGGCAGGCCUUCAAGGAGGGAUACAGGUACAAAGCUUCGUCUCAUCUGCUGUCUGAGCAUCCAGGCCCAAAGGCACUGAGGGAGUCAGGAGCUGGGUCUCAGCACAUGCAGGGAUGACAGGGCAGGGGGCAGUCUUCCUCCCCCUCCCCGACCAAACCUCGAGGAGCCCUCCUGUGCCCCUCCCUCCUUGUUGUCCAGUGCUGGGUUCCCCACCCCGAGGUCAGGCUGCCCAAUCCUCUGACUGGAUCACCGGGGGCUUCUUGCCUCAGUUCUCCCCUCUGAGCCCCCAGGCCCUCCCGCAUCUCAGGUUGGGGAUGGGGACAUGGAGAGGAAGGGGCCGCCUACUCCUGCAAAUGCUUGUGACAGAUGCCAGGAGGUAGAUGUGUGCUGGCCAAUAAAGGCCCCUACCUGAUUCCCCGCA